UUCCAAGAUGGCAGAAGAUCAAGGGCCGUUUUCUCCAAUUUUCUUUUAAACUCUUGUCGUCUCCCGUGGAAGAUGCAGUGUGCAUUAGUGCUUCAAACUAUGGUCAGUGACACUGGAAUGGAUAUAAACUCCAUCCCAGUACAAAUAAAAGCGAAGAAACCCUGGAGAAAAGUGCUUUACGAAGACCAGGGCGUUCCAGACAACUAUGUGGACGAGUCGUUUCUGGAUGAAAUGAAGAAAAAUUGUAAGUGUGUUUAACUUAAAUGGUCUUGUAGCACAUAAUUAUAGGACGUUAGCUGGUUAGUGACAGUUAUGUGUGAGUGACAUAAACACCACUGACAGCAUUGAGCAUGAUACAUCGAUCGGUUUUUUAUAGUUUGUCAACCAAUAUCUCAAGUCAAGUCAAGUCAAGUCAAGUCAAUUUUUAUUUAAACUCAAACGGAAUAAUUAUAAUUAUCAAAUUGUGGGUUAAGCACUACAAAAUGGUAGCAAACGAUGCUCUCUUUCAUUUUUAGCUAUUUGCCUUUGGUACACAAGGUAAGAGUCUGUUAAGAACUAACGCUUUAAUGUCAAAAGUUUUCUGUAUGGAAAAUGAAAGGAAUGCUUAUACAUAUAAUGUACUAAUACUUACAUCUCAAUACUUCCUUAAUAGAAGGGUAGCAAGGGGGGGGGGGGGGGGACCUGUCAUGCAUCAUGCUUGACCCGCCUUGUAAUUCAGUUUAUGCUGCAAAGAGGUUGAAUAAACCAAUCAUUAUUAUUAUUAUUAUUAUGCUUACUCUUUAUCUGCCAUCACCCAUGCACAGGGAAAAAAUUAGCCAUCACAGAUCACGUGAAUGAGGUGUAAAUUGCAGUAAGUUAACAUGGCAAUCCCAACCCAUUGAAUGGAUCAGCGAUAAUAAAUCGUGUUCAGGGAUCCUACUGGGCAGGAUCAUGCAUUAACAGUUAGUUGAAUGACCUCAAUUGUACAAAAGUGAGUUUUCUGAAAUCCAGUGAUAUUUAAUUAUAUUAAACAGUAUUCACGGAUGUGCGAAUAGAGGUCAUAAAUAUGACUUGACUUUUUUCCCCUUCCUCCCAAUCCCCUACCCCUACUAGAACGGCUCCAAAAUCUCUGAUAUAGAGAUUCAACUCAUUCUUGCACUAAUAUUUAGAUUUGGAGUUAUUUUGGUCUUAAAAAAUUGGAUGUAAAGUUUUAUACAGUUGAACCUCCCAUAAGCGACCACCCAAAAUGCAAAGACUUUGUGGUCACUUACAAGAAUCGAACCACAGGGAGGCAACUUCUGAGAAGAGGUCUGUUCACAUCUAUUUUAUGGAAGAUGAUUUAUUGCAUGCAAUUUCUAAGUUACACCAUGUGUAGUUCCAUGUUGGUACUAAAGUUCUUUGCAUAUUCUAAUUCUAAUUAGCAUAGUGCGCACAGCAAACAUACAGUCGGGGGACAUAAGUAUUCGUCACUUUCAAUAUGGCGGCAUUUGUUUACAUUUUACGCGUGCUAGUUUUAACACCGUUUACGGCAAAUCUAACUUUAAAAUCACCUUAAUGUUUAGUAAGAUGACCCUUCAUUUCAAUUACAUCAUUUAGGCGGUCAGGUAUGGUCUGGUAAAGGUUUCUCAUAUAAUCCAAUUCGAUGUUCCGCCACACGCUCUGGAUUUCACGCAGAAGAUCAUUUUUGGUAGUGAUGUCUACCGCGGACUUUUGUAGCUCUCUCUUCUUGUAGAGCCAGAUAUUUUCUAUUAUACUUAAAUCUGGUGAUUUUGCUGGCCAUUCCAUUGAGGUUACUUCGUUUUGAUCUUUAUAAUUUUCUUCAGUGUUGGGUCUGUGAACAGGCGCAUUGUCAUCCAUGAACAAGUAUUCUUUUCCUUCAAAAUACGAGACAACUACUGGCCUUAAGUUCUUGUCUAGGAUGUCAAUGUACUUGGCAGAGUUGAUGUUGCCUUCAACUGCAGUCAGAGUUCCAACCCCAUCAAACUUAUCUUCCGUUCAGAGCGAGAACAAAUAAGAUGUGGGUUGUACUUUUCGUCUUCUUUUCGCCAAAUGUAAACACGGUUGUUUGUACCAAGCACAAUCUGACUUUCAUUUGAAAAUAUUACUUUUUUCCAGUGGUUGUCUAAUGUCCGACCUCUUCGCUCUUGACACCACUUGACUCGCUUUUUUUGAUUCGCUUCCCGAACCACCAUUUUCUUUUUCGCUAACCCUCUUUUAUAUCCUUCCGAAUGCAAUACCCUUUGCACAGUUUUCUGGCUGAAAGUAUUUGUUUUGCACUCGUUUAGUUUUGCAGUAAUGUCCUGUGAGGUAAGUCGUCUGUUACUUUUGACCAAAUGCUUGAAAGCAUUUCUGUCUCUAUUUGUGAAGCUCCUUUUCCUGCCACUUCGCAUCAAAGUCUCCACUGUGCCAGUCCUUCGGUACUUGCUUAGAACGCUCGUGAUAGUCGUUCUUGGAAUGUUCAACAUUCUUGACAGUUCCGCUUUGUUUUGCACGGAUAUUUCCGACAGAGUAAUAAUUAAUUUGUUUGUCGCUCUGGACAGUUCAGCACCUUUUCGACUCAUGAGAGCUGAAAAUAAAUUCUCAUUAGCAAAACAAAAAAAAAUAUGACCCUUUUUAGCGACCUAACCUUGAACUUAAUGUUGAAUCACAGGAAAAAAUAACGGAUUCCCAUUUUUGGAUAUUUUAGGGUAUUUAAAGAAUACCCACAAAAAUCCCAAAUUUGGAAGAGUGAGACAAGUCCCAACGUGGGAACUUAGUUGGGAAUUCCCUGGUUGGGACUUGUCUCACUUUGCCAAAUUUGGGAUUUUUAUGGGUAUUCUUUAAAUACCCUAAAAUAUCCAAAAAUGAGAAUCCGUUAUUUUUUCCUGUGAAUGACUAAAUGAGCGAGGUGUCAAAACACAAACAGCUCUUAUUUCUUUUCUUUCAGGAACUGUGCAGUUUUUUUCGUGCUCUUGGACAGAUGUUUGUUUGUUUCUAUUUUUGCUAAUUUUUCCUGCCUUUAUUGACCAAACGCGCACCCUGCAUCAUAUUUUCCUGUUGACAGUGUGCACAACGGGGGUAAAAAUUUCACGCGUCUUUUUUGAAAGUGACGAAUACUUAUGUCCCUUGACUGUAGCUAGAUCAGAGAAUGCGUCAAGUGGUUGCUUACAAGAGGUUAAAAACAAUGGAAAAUCAUUAAAAAAAGUGGUUGCCGUCACUUACGGGAGGUGUUUGUUUACUAGAGGUUCUGACUUUAAGGCUUUGACUCAGAAAGUUUUGGUGUUUUGGAUAGGCAGUUGCUAAUGGAAGGUGGCCGCUUAUGAGAGGUGGUUGCACAUAGAGGUUUGACUGUAGCCAUGUCUUCAUUGUAUAUAAAGAAACUCAUUAAGCAUUAAUUUUUUUGUUUUUUUAUUUGUGAACUAUUUUCAUGUGCUAGCCGGGUAACUAUGAGUAUUUGUUUAACUUUGCACCUAGACUAGUUACCCGGCUAGCACAUGAUAAAACAGAAAAAAUUACUGUAUAGGAUGUGAUUUAAUUCUUGUAACGUUGAUAAAGCAGACUAUUGCAUUUGAUUUUCCAUGUAUCAUACAUCUUGCUUUCUAUAUCUUUUGUGCAGUAAAUACGAGAACCUAUCAAUUCUGGUCAGUGGUGCUGGAAUCUGGAGCUGUGUCACAACAACUUAGCAGGUAAUUUUUGUAAGCUACAACACAGUCAUGUGUUACAAUAACGAAGUGUUCUUUUCUUGCACUAGUGAUUGGUCAAGAGUUGAGGUCUAUGAAAGCUGAAAGAAGUUUACAACAUGAAUCUGACAUAUUGUAAUGAUUAAGCAAUAUGUGUUCAUCUGUCUUUCCUGCACAUGGAUACAUGGUUUUCCAAUUAAAAACAUAUUGCAUAAAUCAAAUAGACAACAAUUUUCAUGGUAGAAAUUUCUAUACCUUUUUAAACUACAGUGGUGUAACUACGUACACUGUAAUAAUGGACCGGUAUUAUAUUCUAUGGGAAGUGUGGAAAUGUAAGGAGCCCGCAGUGAAUAGCCUCCAAGGAACCAGAGUAGAAUGUUUAGUUUUGCAUGAAUGAAUUCUUUAUUUUGUCAGUCACACUGCAGGUUAAAAAAUGGCAAGCCAUUGUUACAAAUGACAUUAAUUUUUACCUGCAUCAGGCAGCUUCAUAUAAAGGCUUUGUGAAAGGGCAGAGGUCAUUCUUGAAAUUGUGGUUUUAGUAUUACAAAAAUGAUUAUGAAAAGGUAAUAGUACAUUAAAGUUACUAUACCUUCAAAGUUUAACCAUCAAACAUUGCAAUCCAGCUAAUUAAGAACUGAUUUUGCUUCAUUUUUCCCUUAGUGUAAGCAUAUUUGUAGCAGCUUUUGUGUAUAUGGAUUUUGGACUCCUGUCUCCUUCCAUCUUAGUUGUGCUUUCUUCUGUGUUGACGUUAGUUGGUUAUGUUUUGUUUGAUGCAUUGGACAAUGGAACUCUAAGACAACACUCAAAAAGAACGAGUAGGUAUUUGAUUUUUUUAUGUUAUAACUGUAAUGAGUUUUUAGUUGUGCUUUCCUCUGUGUUGACGUUAGUUGGUUAUGUUUUGUUUGAUGCAUUGGACAAUGGAACUCUAAUACAACAACAGUAAAAAAAGUAGGUAUUUAAUUUACUUUAUGUUAUAACUGUAAUGAGUUCUUAAGAAUGAAGAACAAAAAAAAAACAUGAAAUGUGGGAUUGUUGGGGAGGAUCAUCUAACUAAAUUGUGCCGCCAUGUGCAUUUUCUUUUCUCCACAGUUUUAUAUUUUUAUAAUAAAAAUGUGCUCAACAGUCCCUAAAGAGAAAAUAGGGGGUCUGUGAACAGGCUAAGCCAAAAGGAUUUAAUUCAAUUAAAUGGCCGGGAAGUUGUGUUAUUUGAGUUCAAGUCAACAAAGGUUUACUGCAUCCACUGUGACAGAAAUAAUUGCCAUUGUGAUAAUUACACUUGAUUGUGUUUUGUUCCAGGAUUAGAUGACUUAAAAAGUUGCAUAUUGGUGUUAGUCUCUGUACUUUUGUUAUCUCCAGUGUUGAAAACCUUGACUGAUUCUAUUAGCACAGACACCAUCUAUGCCAUGACUGUAAGUAAUACAAGUCAGAACAAAUACCUUUCCAACACUGUCUUUCUCUCUCCCUUUCUAACCCUGAAAUCCUUGCACAAGACAAAGUGAAAAAAAUAAUCCCCUCCUGGCGAAACUUGUAACUUCAGUUGACUCCCUGUAACUCCAACCCUGUGCAACUCAAAACUUGUGCUAACCUGAGCUUAAAUUGAUCUCCUCUGAGUUUGCUCCAAACUUUCGAUGUAAUUGUACCCUCAAUAAUUUGAAUCCUAGCUGAUUUCUAUAAAAAAGUGUAUUAUAACCAACCAUUAAAACACUCCUUUUUGGUUUUAUUUUUCGUUUAACCCGCACCAAAGUGAAAGUAAGUGGCAAGUAUUCUUGACAUGUCUAUAAUAAUAUUAUUAUUGUCCUUACAUUAUUUAGUGAGACCAGCACCCCACCCAUCACACAAGAACUAAAUGAGCAGCCCCGCUUCCCCCUCUCCCGCCACCCAGCCUGUGUAGUAAAUAAAGGGUUCUUAUUUUGUAAUCUCCCAUCAUUUCUUCCUAUUACCAGAUAACUCAAGUGUUUUACAUGUACGAUGAUGUCCCUUCUUAUUGAAGGCUCGAGUGAACGGUCAAUUGUACAUGUUUUGUUGUGGGUUUAGACACUUGUAGGAAGAUUUAAAAUCGAUAUUAAUAUUAGUAUACCGUAGUAUUAAUUUGUUGAGAUUCUUUACCAGUCACAGUGAACCACUACAUUUUAUAGUUUUUCUUGUAGACAUAAGAGAUGACUUUAAAUAAUAGGGGACCAUUAAUUGUGGUGUCUCUUAUGAAUCAAUGUAAUCUCUCUUUUAUUCUGCAGACUUUCAUGCUUGCCAUGAACUUACUUUUGUACGAUUACGGAACACGCGCCGCUAUGUAAGUAUUUCAACUUUUCGGUAAACUUUUUCUUCACGUCAGUUUCUUUGCCAAUGUUAUCAAGAACUUUUUAGAGACAGGUCUUUUUUCGGUUCCCCUUGUUAUAUCACAUUAAGCCAUUCAACAACAGGCUUUGACAGUUUUUGGCCGUGUUGUGAAACUUAUUUUGACCUCACUUUUUUUUUAGAACUUAAAAGUUCUAAUAUAACAUGGUGGCAGUGGUUUUCCAUAGGAAUUUCGCUUGCCUUGUUCAUUACUAUGAUUUUUGAUUGGCUAACAAAUGUCUUGCCACUUUCUCUAUCAAUUGGCGACAACUUGAGCGCGAGUGAGCCCCGUUUCCAUAUUUCGGAUUCACGCAUUUGCGUGUAAAUGCGAAACGAGUUCAGCGCCAAAGGUUUUCGCAUUCGUAACGAACCUGGUAAAAUCUCCUCUAUUGUAAACCUACAAUCCCGGACAAAAGUAGUUGGGAAGGUUGUACAACUUAACAGUAGUUCAAUUUAAUGUUCAAAUAAGUUGGUUUUCGCUUUCACUUAUCCCCUGUUUCCCGUAUUCAGUGUUGGAAUAUAACAGAACAAUAAGAGAGAGGAGAAGUCAUUACGUCACGUUGCCAUGGUAGCACAAUUUCUGGAUGACAACAAACCAAAACGUCACUUAAAAAGUGGAUUCGCACUGUUUCAAACUUCAUCGAUCUUAUUUAAAUUCAUUUAAUUUGUCAAAUGCUGGCGAAAUUUUCUGGGGUGAAACCAAAAGAAACAUACCUAAGUUAGAAAAAGAAAGAGAAAAUUUUUGUGUUGUGCUCACCUACUCCAUAAAGCGGGCGCAUGAAAUUAGGAAGUUUCAUGUCGCAGUAGUGCAACAACGGCGGGCUAAGAAAUGUACAAAAAAGCGUGAUUGGUUUUUUUUGCCAAUCUAAACCUAUUGCUUUUUUGCUGUUCGCCGUCGCCGUUGCAAAAACUCCCCGUUGUUGUGAUCCAGAAAUUUUGCUACCAUGGUAAAGUGACGUCACCCUUUUCCUCUCUAUUGUUCGCAUUAUUAUUAUGCGCACAAACAUUUAUUACUAAGUUUUGUUCAACACUGGGGCAGGGGCGAGGGGAAGAAGGAAAAAAAGAGUUUAAAAGUAGCAGCCUUCCCAACACUUUGACGAUGAGUGUAGCUUUAAUUAACAAAACAUGACAUCAGCUAAACUUGACAUGAUGAAAUGAAAACUAUAUGCUUGUUAAAGUAACUAUCAAUGAUUCUUUUUUUACAGAGUUUCAAGGUCCACUUCGUUAAACGCUUCUAUCUUCGCCUCUGUUUGUUUGGCAUCUCGUCUUCCUUCUUCCUUUCAUGUCUUCGCUACUGUUAUCCUAGCUAUGCAGAUGUUUGCUCUCUUUCCAUCUCUUAGAAGACAGUUAAAGGUAUUUGUAACUAUACUUUGUGGUCAUGCUACGAGAACAGGAGAAGUAUUGGAUUUAUAGGUGUAGACUAUUGCAAGAUCUAAGAUCCAAGUUUUACAAUUUUUACGAUGCGUUGGGAGCAUGGUAGGAACCGAAUUAUCCUUUUUUUGUGGAAGAGUCUCAUUAACUUGCGCAGGAAUGCAUUAGUGACGUCGUAGCCCAUUGUCUUUACAUCAUGAAUAAAAUGCGGGGGAAUCUCAUUAUUCUGUGGGGAAAUGCAUUAACGCCGGUAUUAACGCCGAUGACUUCAUAGUCUUUUGUCUUUAUCUCAUGAAUAAAAUGUAGCCUGCGAAGAAAUUGACCAACGUUUGAAAUGCCUGCUUUAGUCUUUAUAUCGAUAAAAUAAGUGUCCGUGACGUUUUUUCUGAAAGUCCGCUUAAUACGAAUACCAGGAUAAUAUGGACAAUAUGGCUUGUCCCCUUCGUGUCCGUAUUAACCGGGUUCCACUGUACGAGUAUUAGCGGUUCCACAGAUAUACUGUUUUCCAAUACUUCUUUUACAUUAAAAGUGACUUGAUAAAGGCAUUUUUCUUAAGUCUCGCUUUUCUCAUUCGUCAGAUGCAUCUACCCUCAAGCGACAUAUUGCUGACGUGGACUCUUGUAUUUGUUGCCAUAGCGAUGCUUUGGCCGCUGACCCAAUUGUUUGCAGUACUACUUGUCCUUGUUCAUCUCGCAGUGACGCUUGUUUGUCCAUUCUGGUUGAUCAAACUGCAGCGACUGAAAAAGUAAGUUACCAACCCUCCCCUUUACUUUUAAGUAACAUUUAAAAAUGUUAUACUGGGACGCCUUGAAUAAAAUUGUUAUCUUUCUUAUCACGUGAUCGCUUCCAACUAAGAAGGAGGUGGGUGGGGGGCGCUCCUUUAUUUGUUUUGGUAGUAGUGGCUCAGAAGGCCUAACCAGGAGCCAUAAUCGGGGUAGGAGACUGUAACUGGAUACCUUUUCCAGUAGCCGGGUUGGUUCCAUUGAAAUAGCCAAACGUGCUAUUUUUAGCACCAUCUCGUGUGACACGCGCGUACAUUUUGCUGCAAGGGCCCCGCCCAAAGGAUAAACAAACUAAAUGGCGUAAGAAAUUACUGUCAUCAUUCCCUCCUCUGAAUUUGAGGCAAGACCGUGAGGAUAACCACUUUGACAAUAACUCUGAAUAUGAUGAGGACUGUGUGAAUGCAAUUCUGAUCAUGUUAAUCACCAUAGUGAGAGGUUUUUUUUUUAAUUUGACAAAUCCAGUUACGAAGAGAGGUGAGAGAUGUCGUGCGAUGAAUAUCCCGUUCAGACAAAAAAAAACUUCCGGGAAAAGGAGGGCGGAAAGUUAACAACAACAACAACAACAACAAUUUAUGUCUAAAUCAUAAAUCAAUGCUUUUCGUCUUAGGCCAACGAAUUUUCAUUAGAAAUAAAACGCAAACUGCGGUGACAAACAUGAAGCUAAACAAGCGCAUAGCUAAAACAGAAUUUCAUUCACCGACUUAACGUUUCGUAUGUCUCAACAUACAUCUUCGGAGGUAACCGUACGCUUAAAAUUUUGAAAUAUAUAAUAACAGUAAUUUGAGUAGCUCACGAGAUAAUAUUGACAAAAACAAAGGAGGUAAUACGAUAAGUACAGCUUCAGCAGCUUCAAACAGCGUCAACCGGCAGAAUUUCACAGGAAAAUGCAUUAAAUUAAAUAAUUUGCCCACUUAACGAUAUCCUUGGCAGCGUGGCGCAGUGGUCUAGGAGCUGACCUUCCGUGCAGAUUGUCCAGGUUUCCCCGGGUCCGACUCUCGGCUUAAAUCUUUUUUUCUUUGUUGUAUAUACAUGCGAGGUUUUACGAUAAACGUAUUUCUAGUAAUGUUAUGUAACAUUGACUUAUUCUUCCACUGUGCAUGCAUUGUAUAUCGAGAUAUUAAGCACUUGGAAAGUUAAGACAGCACUCAAGUAAAGUCGCAAGACGAUCGCCCGUCUCCUGAAAUUCCACACGAGUGCCGCGCAAAUUUGCAGGUUCCUGCGCGAUUUGUGACGUUGAGGGUGGUGCAGUUUGUUCUAAAAAUAGUACAUUUGGCUAUUUCGAUGGAACCGCGUGGACCCCGUCCUUGCGGUCUCCUACCCCGAUUAUGGCUCCUGGAUCUAACCAUAUAGUAUAGACAGCCGAAUUACUGUUCCUAUCCCAGACAGCGAUGAUCAUUUUCUUUGGUAAAAUAUUAUCUUUUUCAAACUUAAUCUUCCCCAUUCAAGAUUCUAGAUUCUGAUUUUUUGGAGGACGCACCCUUAUGUGUACAUGUUGCAGAUAAAUACUGUGUGGAAAUAUUUCCUCAUAUCUUAAGAAUGGCUCUUUAAGUUAAAUUCACUUUAAUUUUCCUUUGUAGUAAUAUUCACGGUCCGUGGGAUGAGGCUGUUAUUAAAGAAGAACAUGUUGCACCUUGAAGUGAAAAAUUUCAACUACGUGCGAGUUAGCAUCACUUCUCGCUCGCUUCGCGAUGAAGUGUAACUGUUUCAUGAUACGUCAUGGGUCGAUACGUGUUGCCGACAGACGUGUUAACUGUUCUUCUGACGUCAUUCAUUGGACACUGUUCACUCCACGUCGUGGUAGGUGACGUCAUCUGUUGGUGCUCUCCGAGCUUGUUAGGAAUAAGAGAGUCAGAUUACUGGAGCAUAGUCUGAUUAAUGGCUUAAUUUGUUGGUGAAGUGAGUGGAAAAGAAGAUGACAUCAAAUCUUACAACAUAUAUGUACGGUGUUCAACGUUUAUCGUUGAGAACAAGAGAAACAAUGCAGCCGGCGCUUUCAUGUUCCGUAAGGAGUUUAUAUGAGAACUUUUGAAGUCAGAUGAACUAUUAGUAGCCUUUCUUGUCCCUCGGAAUAGCUACCUUUGUCAUGCACAAUUUAAGGGUCAUGAAUUCAAGCUUGAGUUUCUUGGCUAGGUAGGACAAUGUUUGUCAAAAGACCAGACAAACAAUAGACCUCUUUAGCUUGUAGAUUUUGUUUUCCCAAUGACGGAAUUAAAUUAUGCGUACAUAUGGACGGGGAUAAGACGAAAUUUGAGUGAAACGGUUCGGUAGAGAAUGAUUAGGGCAAAUAAAUUACCCAUCUAUACUGUCCGAUCAGCCUUACCUUUAAUUUUGUGUAUUAUCACAUGACCUACAUUAGGAAAUCAAAACUACAAACCAAAGAUGUCUAUUGCGGGCUAUCUACCUCGCAGGUCCUAGUUUUGGAGCUGUUCAUAUUCGGAUGAGCUACCUGAAUUCAAUUCAAGAUCCUGCUUCUCACUUUCAAGGCUAUUCACGGUCUCCCUCCUCCCUACGUCAGUGAACUUGUAACUGUCAAACCCAAAUCUACGUACGGUCUCCGCUCAAACAACAGUAUUCUGCUGCUACCUCCUACACAGAAAAUGCUGCCUUCACUUGGUUCUCGCUCCUUUGCUGCUGCUGCCCCUGCGCUUUGGAACAAACUGCCUGCUCAUAUUAGAAAUGUUACUUCCUUAAAUAGUUUUAAGAA